CUUUGCUGUAAGUGUGGAGGAUUUUAGAGUCGCGUGGAUAAUUCCUUCCAGUUACUUGGCUCACUAGAGAGAUGAGGUACGUGGAGAACACUGGUAGUAAGAGCAAGCCUGGCCUGCUUUUCUGCCUUCCCGACGCUGCUGCCAGUGCUGGCUCUGCUAAUGGCACAUUGCACUCCCCUGUGAAAGCUGCCAAGCUGGACGCCACAGCUUCGCACCACAACGCCUCGGCCAUUGCCCUGCCCUCUUCAGAGUCCAGUGAUUGCCCAGCGCUAGCCUGUAGAUCAGGCACCGGUGAAGAGCAUUAUGUGAGUGAGGCACUGAAAUUAGAGGAUGAGCCAAACUACAGAGAAUGCAGAGAUGCCGGUACUAUUACUGACGUUUGUAAUAGUACUGAUCUUCCAGAAGUUGAAAUUAUCAGCCUACUGGAAGAACAGCUGCCACACUAUAAGCUAAGAGCAGACACAAUAUAUGGUUAUGACCACGACGACUGGCUCCACACCCCUCUUAUUUCUCCGGACGCCAAUAUCGAUCUAUCUACAGAACAGAUAGAGGAGACCUUGAAGUAUUUUCUUCUGUGUGCUGAAAGAGUGGGCCAGAUGACUAAAACAUACAAUGACAUAGAUGCUGUCACACGUCUGCUUGAAGAGAAAGAGCGAGAUUUAGAACUAGCUGCACGAAUUGGUCAGUCACUGUUGAAGAAAAACAAAAUCCUCACCGAGAGAAAUGAGCUGCUUGAAGAACAAGUCGAACACAUUCGAGAGGAGGUUUCUCAGCUCCGUCAUGAACUAUCUAUGAAAGAUGAGCUUCUUCAAUUUUAUACCAGUGCUGCUGAAGAAAGCGAACCUGACUCUGCGUGUUCAACACCGAUAAGGCGAAAUGAUUCAACCUCUUCUGCUCAGAAUUACUUCCCUCUGGACUCUCUACAGAGGAAACUCAAGGAUCUCGAGGAGGAGAAUAUUGUUCUCAGGUCAGAGGCUUGUCAUUUGAAGACAGAAACAAUAACCUAUGAGGAGAAGGAGCAGCAACUUGUCAACGAUUGCGUUAAAGAGCUACGUGAUGCAAAUAUUCAGAUCACCUCAAUUGCAGAAGAAUUAGCCAAGAAAACGGAGGAUGCUGCUCGGCAACAAGAAGAAAUCACACACCUAUUAUCCCAAAUAGUUGACUUGCAGAAGAAGUCCAAAGCAUAUGCAGUUGAAAAUGAAGAACUUAGCCAACAUUUGGGUGCAGCCAAAGAUGCCCAACGCCAGCUCACUGCAGAGUUACGAGAGCUGGAGGACAAGUAUGCAGAGUGCAUGGAGAUGCUUCAUGAGGCACAGGAAGAGCUGAAGAAUCUGAGGAAUAAAACGAUGCCCAACAGCACUCCACGCCGCUAUCACUCACUGGGCUUGUUUCCAUUGGACUCGCUGGCUGCUGAGAUAGAGGGAACAAUGAGAAAGGAGCUUAAGAUGGAGGACCCUGUGAUGGAGGAACAAAAGAUACACCACAGGCGUGUGUUUGAAACUGUGAAAAAUAUCAACCAAACUGUAAAGCAGAGGUCUUUGGCUCCUUCCCCCAUGAACAUCCCCGGAUCUAACCAGUCUUCAGCUGCAUCCAGUUGCCGCAGCACUCCCCGGUCAAGUUUUUAUGGUGGAGAUGUAACCAACAUUGUCAUAGACAACCGCACAAACAGCAUCAUUCUGGAAACGGAAUCAUGCAAUGAAAGUGAAGAUCCAAAUAAAAAGCCUGGAACUCCGGGAACUCCAGGAUCCCAUGACCUGGAGGCAGCAUUGCGGAGGCUGUCUUUGCGACGUGAGAACUACAUAAGUGAACGUCGCUUCUUUGAAGAGGACCGCGAAAGAAAGCUGCGAGACCUCGCAGAGAAGGGCGAGAUGUACAGUGGCUCCCUGACUCCCACUGACAGCAUCAUGUCCCUGGGCACUACACACUCGGGCUUGUCUUUCCUCUCCUUCUCCAGCCGCUCCUACCUGCCUGAAAAGCUGCAAAUAGUCAAGCCCCUUGAAGGUUCUGCUACAUUGCAUCACUGGCAGCAGCUGGCUCAGCCAAACCUGGGAGGCAUCCUGGACCCGAGGCCUGGCGUUGUGACAAAGGGCUUCAGACCACUGGAGCUUGAUCUGGAGGAGGUGUACCAAUUCACAGACUUUGAAGAAGAUGAGCCAGGUGACCUUUCUUUCCAGGACCUUACUACCUCAACCCCUGUUCAGCACAUGGAGGCCUCAGUUCACUAUCCUGGUAAAUGUAUGUCACACACCAGCUCCACCUACACUUUCACUACCUGCCGCAUUCUGCAUCCCUCUGAUGAGCUCACCCGCGUUACUCCAAGCCUUAGCACUGGCCCCACUCCAGCAGCGUGUGUUACACUGAAGUCCACUCCUGCUGCCACUCCGUGCACUCCUCGUCGUUUGAGUCUGGCAGAGUCCUUCACUAACUUGCGUGACUCCACCAAAACCACGAGCACUUCCCUGGGGCUUGUCAGGAUGUUACAAGAGAAAGGCAUCUCGGCUGCGGUCUACAAUCCUCAGAGCUGGGACCGGGUACACAGUGUGCCCAGUGCCUUCCUCAGCCCCAGUGUCACCAAAGUAGAAGCUCUUCCUUCCACUCCCCCCAACUCUCCAACAGUGCUGCAGCCCAGCCCACCCUUUGACUUCAAGAGUUCCAGCCCUCCAUACGACAACUUUUUAGCAUCCAAGCCGGCCAGCUCCAUUUUAAAAGAAGUAAGAGAACAAAGUAAGAGUAUUUGCAAUAGUGAGAGCCAGACAGACGUGAGUGUCUGCAACCUCAAUCUGGUCGACAAGCUGAAGCGGUUUGGCAUGUCCAGACCCCCGUGCCUGGCCGGUCCUGCACAGGCGACAUCUGUGACUGGCUUUGGGGGGCCUCUCCUUAAUGGAGCACGUCGACCCAUCUCCUCUUUCGGCCCUGGAGGACUUGUCACGGAGAGUCUUCCUUUGGGCUGCCCCGUGGUGGUCACCAGUGCCAUAGGGGGACUUCAACUGAAUUCGGGCAUUCGACGCAACCGCAGCUAUCCUACCAUGGUAGGAGCCAGCAUGCAGAUGAAGGGCCCCGUGCCUCAGACUUCAGGGAUACUGAUGGGGUCCUCCCUUCCCAAGCAAACGAGCCUUCGGUAGAACUCUUCCAUCAGUAUGCUUUGUUCCGCUUGGUUUCUUAAUCCUUAGUUUUAAAAAGAAAUAAUCAUUUUAUUAUAGUGCUCGACACUCCUAUGUGCCUGGUGUAUAUCUUUUUUUGUUUUAAGGUGCACUCACCCCUGAAUUGUACUGUUGUUUAAAAGAAGAAAAUUCUCUUUGUCGAGGUGCUCUCGAGAGUUUGCAAUAUGUCUGAAAACUGUAGAAAAUGGAACCAAGUUAAAAGCAAAAUGUAAGCGCUUGCCAUUCUCAGCAUUCGGGGCAGCACUGAGCAUUACGCGUUCAGUUCUCCAUCUUCAGUGCGAACGUCCAUCCCUCCAUUGUGUGUAUUUACCUGUUGCUUUGUACAAUCUGUCCUUUUUUUAUUGUUGAGUAAGCCACCUGCCUAACCCAAAUGAUUGUUUUGCAGUCUCUGCAGCUCACUUUGCCAAAAAUGAUGGCCCACAGCAAGCUGAAUGGGUUGAUGUGAAGUCUCCAUGGGAAAGCAAGAUGUACUGCAUUCCCAUAUGUGCCCAUAAAAAGGCAUUAGAAUAGAAUAAGAAGAGAUGAGAGUAUUGAAUUAGCUGUGAGGACAUGCAGUUGGAUGACAGGCAAGUUUCUUCUCUUUUUUGACCUAUAGAGUAUCAAUCGAUCAUGGGACAUAUCGUGAAAAUGGUCAACUUCGGGAAUCGGGUUGUUUUGUUUUUUUUUAGUUCACAGUUACCCCUUAAUGAAUAUUCUCUGCCAAAUAACGUUAACUGUGCCAAAUAUCUUGACUGUGGCACCAGUUAUCAGUAAACCCUAAUCAGUUGUGUGCAAUCGAAAUCAUCAGCUCUGAACAAGAGGAGUCAGAGUCGAACAGUAUUAGUGCCUCUAAUCACAGUUUGUUCAGCACUGCACAACUGCGUCGGACAUGUUAUUCGUUUGCCAUGUUGACUGAACUAUGACUAGCACUGAUUUUUUUUUUGUUGUUGUUGUUGUAAAUAUUAAAACUGUUUAAAAGGUUCCUCUUUGAACCCUUUUAACGUGCAUUACUUCAUCAUGAAAUAAGGGUGCAGUAGGUCUUAAAUGAGAGCUGUUUGGCAAAAUGAAGCAACCCCUGCAGGAAGUGUGCAUGGAUUUGAAUCGCAAAGAAGCCUAUUUAUUCUUUUUCUGAAAUAUUUUAGGUUUUUUUUUUUUGUCAUUAUUUGCUGUUGUAUGUGUGCACUUAUCGUGGACUAACUUGAACAUUUCUCUUCCUUUUGAAUGUAUCCAGUAACAGCAGAGAAUAAC